AUAAGAGUUUCUGAGCUGAAGUAAGAUUCACAGGGUCAAAGAUGAUCACUAAAGGAAAGGCUUAUUAAAAGAUAGCGUAUCAGAAAACAUUCAAUAAUUUCUGAAAAUGCAGAUUUAAAGCGUCAUCACCGGUUGGUGCGGUAAUAAAGAACCUCCUCCCUCACUGAUAAGAUAAACCAGGAACCUUUGAGCAGAGCAGCGACUCACAGUCACCGUCAGCUGAGUUCACAGGUUUGUUGAGGUUUGUUGAGCUGGUCUUACUCCUUCAUUUACACUCUGGACGCGGUCUGGACGGAGGAUCCGUAAACCAGGAUGAAGAGGGGGGCCCGGGCCGGUCUGACAGGUCUGCAGAAUCCUGGACUGGAACUCGAGACGAAAGGAAACACCAACACAGUCCAGGUGUCUCCUGAGGGCUCCAGGUCUCCGGUGGCUGCAGCAGUGAAGGCUGCAGCUCGCUGGGCGUCGUACUCCUGCGGCCGCUGGAAGCAGAGAAGAAGAAGACUGAAAGGAGUUGUGCUGGAGACGAGGUACAGAGGUCUGGCUGAGGAUGAUGAAGAGCAGAGAGACCAAACCGACAAGACAAAUAAAAACUAUCAACUGAAUAAAAAACUGCUGGAUCACUUCAGACACCUGGCUGCUACCAACCAGGACACCGACCAGGUCGACCUUCAGUUUGUGGAUGAAGUGAUGUCAGAUGGAGCCGAUCCAAACAGCUCCGACAGAUACGGACAAACCGUCCUGCACGAGAUCUCCAGGGCGUGGAGUGUGGAUGUGAUGCGGUUCUUCCUGGACCGGGGCUCAGACCUCCUCAGGCCGGAUAAGUUUGGAGUCACACCGCUGCACGUGGCCGCGGCGAUGGACUACCAGGAGAUGGUUCAGUUCCUGCUGGACAGACAAGCUGACCUGGAGGCUCGGACUCUUCAGGACCAGCAGACUCCUCUUCACUACGCCGCCAAGAACGAUGCUGUGAGCACCAUCCGACUGCUGCUGCAGGCCGGAGCCUCCAUCAGCUGCACCGACUACAAACAGAGAACACCGCUGCAGCUCGCUGCCAACCUGGAGCGCAGUGAAGCAGCUCGGGUCCUGUUGGAGCUCGGGGCGGAGGCAGGGAUAAAGGACUCUGAUGGACAGCUCUGUAUAACUGCUCUGAUUGGUCGGAUGAGUCCAGUGGCCCAGUUGGCCCUCAAUCAGUUCCAAGUAACAGACAGAAUGACCAGACAGCGGUACUACUACCUGAACCUGCUGGAACCAGAACCAAACUCACCUGAGAGCAACCUGCAAGAUGCAGUCAUCAGUGAGCCGACGUCUCCACUGGAGCUGGUGGUUCAGCAGGGCAAACUGGACCUCAUCAUGAACCCGGUCUUUCUCAAACUGAUCCAGGUCAAAUGGGAACUCUACGGCAGGCUGGGGGCGUGGCUUCUCCUCAUCCUCAACUUCCUGUUCAAUGUUGCCUGGACGACCGUUGCCAUCUCUGUGUCCGUCCACCGAGAAUCACCUCAACGCUACGUCUUCCCCGAGGACUGGUGGCGGGUCCUCCUGGUGGUCCUGGCGCUGCUCGUGACCCUGGAGGAGGUGCUGAGGGAGCUGCUGGACAUCCUGCGUUCCAGGAAGAAGCUCCGCCUCUGGCAGCGGUGGGCGGAGCUUCGUGUCCAUGACGACCUGCGCUGCUCACAUCCCAUGUGGCCACAGGAGGCAGUUUUCCUUUUGAAUCAGAACAAACGGAUUCACAAGAUGAGAGGAAACUACAGUCGAGACCUGUGGAACGUCUUUGAUUGGCUGGCGUACACGCUGCUGGCGGUGUCGUUUGGCGUCCACAUGGCAGACGUGGUUCGUCCGUCCGUCCAUCUUCACAGCAUCAGCCUGCGUCUGUUCGCCAUCACCAUCAUCUUCCUGUGGCUGCGGCUCAUGAAGCACGUCAGAGCCUUCAGGUUAAUGGGUCCGUUCAUCGUCAUGUUGGGGAACAUUAUCGGGGAUGUGAUGCGUUUCCUGUUCCUGUACGCUGAGAUCUUCAUUCCCUACGCCUGCGCCUUCUGGGUCAUAUUCGGAGGCUCGUCAUCAGUUCCCAGCAUGCAGUCUGUCUCCGGCCUGCUGUUCAGUCUGUACCGCAUCACUCUGGUGGAUGAGUACGAGUACGCCGCCAUGGUGAAGGUGGACGACAUCAUGGCUCCUCUGCUGUGUGGAACGUUCCUCGCUGCGUCCUCCAUCCUGUGUGUCAACCUGCUGAUCGCCCUGCUGACCGACACCUUCCAGAGAGUGCAUGAUAACUCGCAGGCCAACGCCGUGAUGCAGCAGGCAGCUGUCAUCCUGCAGGUAGAGGAGUCCAUGCCCCACCUCCGUCGUUUCUAUGACAACCAGUACAUCUCCAACCAAUGUGCGCCGCUGGCCGACGCCUACACCGACGACGUCACAACGACCCCCCGUUACGAUGACGAGAAGUGUCGGAUCACUGCACAGAUCAAAGAGACUCUGGAUCAGUUCCUGGUCCUGCAGAGAGACAUGGGAACAGCCGGAGUCUCGGGAGCCCACAAGGACCAGGACCAGGAGCUUCAGGACAAGCAGCUUCAGGACCAGGAGCUUCAGGACAAGCAGCUUCAGGACCAGGAGCUUCAGGACCCGGAGCUUCAGGACAAGCAGCUUCAGGACAAGCAGCUUCAGGACCAGGAGCUGCAGAAACAGGAGCUGAGGGACAUCCGAGCAGAGCUGAAGCAGCUCCGGAGUCUCGUCCAGCAGCUGGUUCAGAGCAGGACUGACUCACUUUAACAGCUCUGGAUUAUUAUAAAUGGAUAUAAUAAUACAGGCCGUAUUUAUGAAGCGUAUCAGAAUCCCUCCUCAGCCUCCAUCUCCUGCAGCUCCUGAAUAUUAGCCGAGAUAUGAAUCCUUUUCAAAGUUAAGAAAGUUGAUCAGUCUUUGUCAUAAAAGUUGGACCAAAAAUGUGUCACUCUGAUCACUCGGAGAAGCUUUAAAAUACUGAUGAUUGCAGAAGAGGAGCAGUGAAGAUAACAGGAACAGUCGGAUCACUCAGGAAGCUCUCUGUAAACUCUGUAGGUCCGUUUAAUUUUAAUUUAAUUUAAAGAUCCCAACCAGACACGUAUUAAAACAUAUAAAAAAUACUCUG